AUGGACUCGGACCCACCAUUUCGCCAAACCUACAAGACCCUCUUCGACAAAACCAGCGAAGAAACCUGUAAUGAGGUUGUCACUGUUGAAGAAUGUGAGCUUCCGUUGGUCGAUCUAGGUCGACUGAACCUGGAUGAAUCAGAGAUGGAAGAGUGUAAGAGAGAAAUAGCUAUCGCAUCUCAGGAGUGGGGUUUUUUUCAGGUUAUCAAUCAUGGAAUUUCUAGAGACAUAUUGGAGAAGCUGAGAGAAGAGCAAGUGAAAGUUUUUAGGCAGCCUUUUGAUACGAAGAGUAAAAAAGAAAGGUUCCCUGCUGGUAGUUACCGUUGGGGAACACCUUCGGCUACAUGCCUCAAACAGUUGUCAUGGUCUGAAGCUUUUCAUAUUCCUAUGACCGAUAUCUCUGACUCUGGUGCUUUCAGUAGUCUCAGUUCAACAAUGGAACAGUUUGCUACAACAGUGGCCGGUCUUGCUAAAAAAUUAGCUGGAAUCUUGGCAGAGAAAUUGGGCCAAAAAACCACUUUCUUUGAAGAAAAUUGUUUGCCAAGCGCUUGCUACCUUCGAAUGAAUCGAUACCCGCCAUGCCCUUUUUCUUUAGAGGUACACGGGCUAAUGCCACACACUGAUAGUGAUUUUCUCACAAUAUUGCAUCAAGAUGAAGUUGGAGGGUUACAAUUAGUGAAAGAUGAGAAAUGGAUUUCAGUUAAACCUAACCCAGAAGCUUUAAUUAUCAACAUUGGAGAUUUAUUCCAGGCUUGGAGCAACGAUGUUUAUAAGAGUGUUCAACACCGAGUUGUCACGAAUCCAACAAUGGAGAGGUUUUCCACUGCAUAUUUCUUCUGCCCUUCAUAUGAUACUGUGAUACAGAAUUCUGAGCCUUCAAUCUACAGAAAAUUCAGCUUUAGAGAAUAUAGACAGCAGGUUCAAGAGGAUGUUCAAAAGUUGGGUCACAAAGUAGGGCUCCCCAGAUUUCUUUUAAGCCACUAA